AUGGAUAAGUUAGCUUUAGAAGCUUUUUAUGUGAAAAAAAGGAAAUCUUUUAAAAACAUUUAUUAUAAACUUCAAUCACUAAUUAUGUUAACGAAAGAAAAUAAAAGAACAAAUAAGAUGGGAAGAUCUUUCGAAGACACAUUAUUGGCCAUGUUAUUUCUUAGUUCAAACUAUUAUAUUAUGAAUAAUAAUAAUAUAUUCUUAAAGUAUCUUAAUAAAUAUUAUAAGGGUAUAAAAAAAGUGAAACUUCAAACAAAAAAAUAUAAGGCGGAGGUAUAUAAAGUACUCUUGAAAAGAAUAAGUUAUACAAUAUAUAAUAUAUUUUUAAAAACAAUGAAAAAUAAAGAAAGGAAGGAUACACCCGAUAUCAAAUAUACACUUUAUAAUAUAGAUAAAAACAAAAAUAUACAAGAGGAAUAUUUAUGUAAUAUAUUUGAUAAGUAUUUCAAACCACUAUUUAGUUAUAUAGCACUAUGUAAAGGUUCACUUUUAAUUAUGGAAUUUUAUAAUAUACGUUAUAUAUUUAAUAAACAAAUUAAAUUUUUUACAAAGAUAAAGAAAAAUAAUAAACAUAUUAUUUAUGAUACCUUUUUUUUAUAA